AUGGAGAAAUCCACCGACAAGCUGAACCAUGAAAGCGGAUCGACGGCUCCUGCUGGAAAGGACAGCCCUGCACCCGUGGCAGAAGGUGCUGCAGAAAUCAGCAGGGCAGGACCCUCAGCAGAAAACGCUGCAGAUGUGAAGAGGCUGGGAUGCACCGAAGAGUGUAUCAAAGAAACGGAGAAACCAUUGGGCACAGAGCCCGACAGUCCUGAUGCCUUUAAACCAGUGAUUUUGGAAAGCGACUGUCCAAACUCAGAGCCUCUUGUUAUGCUAACGAACAAAACCUGUGCCGAAGUACACGGUUUUGAAAUGAACCGCCAGUGUUCAACGACAACACCUGUUGAUAUGGACUGCCUGGUCUGCUUCAACAAGUACAACAUCUACAGGGUCCCAAAGCUGCUGGACUGCCAGCACGCCUUCUGCGCGGUCUGCCUCAAGCUGAUCCUCCGCAAAGAGGAGAGCACCUGGAUCAUCACCUGCCCCCUGUGCAGAAAAGCCACCUUUGUGUCAGGAGGACUCGUCCGCACCCUGCAAAAUAAAGACGACAUCAUGGAGCACUUGGAAAACGCCGAUUUAAAUCCUGACGUACACGUCUCUGCCAUAGGGCUGGACAGCAAUAGCUGGAUUCAGACCAGCCAAGACGUUUUAUUUGGAGAGGAAAAUGUUCCGGCAGACAACAGGCUGGCUCUCCAGAGACUCGUGCUGCUCCUGCUGCUCCUGGUGAUUCUCACUAUCCUCAUCCUCCCGUUUAUACACUCCGGGCUGAUUAAAUGGGUAAUUUGUCUCAUGCUUACUUUGGGGUUGGUCAUGUCUAUGGUGCUUUGCUGCACUCCUAAAUUCUACUGGAGGUGUAACAGGGACUCGCUCACCUCCUGCCACAAGCAGACCCACAUCACUGCUAUCGCCUGA